GCGAAUUUUCCUUCAUUUAGACCCAUCUAUGCCUCUUAAAUUGCCCCCAAAGUUUGUAUAGGAGAUUUUCCCCCGGACCUCUUUUCACCCUGGAGCGGUACGCGAUGCUGUCUCACGCCGACCUCCUGGAUGCUCGGCUCGGUGAGUUCUCAGCUCUGAACCCGGGAGCUAAACUCCACUGGAUGAAGGAUGCUGCGGAGCUACUCGGACACAGAGAGGCGCUCAAGUGUCGGCUGGGCGGGGGAGUGCCGGACCAGGGCCAUCCGGGAGACAUGGCCCCCGGUUCUGAGUCUGUGGAGGGAGCCACUCUCCUGCCCGGAGAAGACAUCACCACCGUGGGAUCCAACCCGGCAGGCUUGCCGGUGAACGGGAAAGAACCAGAGAAGCAGCAGCAGCAGCAACAACAACAACAACCCCAGCAGAAUUCCGGUCAAACGUCCAGUCAGCAGAAACAGAAACGGCACCGAACCCGCUUCACACCGGCCCAGCUCAACGAACUGGAGCGGAGCUUCGCCAAGACGCAUUACCCGGACAUCUUCAUGAGGGAGGAACUGGCGCUCAGGAUCGGUCUCACGGAGUCCAGAGUCCAGGUGUGGUUCCAGAACCGUCGCGCAAAGUGGAAGAAGAGGAAGAAGACCACCAACGUGUUCCGCUCCCCGGGCACGCUGCUCCCCACGCCGGGCCUGCCCCAGUUCUCGGCGGCCGCCAUGGAGAACAGCCUGUGCUCCUUCCACGCCAACGACUCCCGCUGGGCCACCGGCAUGCCGGGCGUGUCGCAGCUGCAGCUGCCGCCCGCCUUGGGCCGCCAGCCGUCCAUGGCGCAGUCGCUGUCGCAGUGCAGCCUGGGCCACGGCCCGCCCCCCAACUCCAUGGGUCUCUCCAACGGCCUCUCGUCCAACGGCGCCGGCCUGCAGUCGCACCUCUACCAGUCGCCUUUCCCCGGCAUGUCGGCGUCUCUCUCCGGCCCCACGAACGUAGGGGGCUCCCCGCAGCUGUGUAGCUCCCCGGACAGUGACAUGUGGAGAGGGACCAGCAUCGCCUCCCUGCGGCGCAAGGCGCUGGAGCACACAGUGUCCAUGAGCUUCACUUAGUGACUUGUAAAUAAAGAAAAAAAACAACAACAAUUUACUGUACACCCACUCCCACGCCGAGGCUCCAUUCCCGCCCCAUUUAGACAACCUUUGUGGAGGCUGUAAGGUGAUAAAAAGGAACCACACUAAUGGACGCUGGAGACUUAAUUCAUUUAAAAUGAUAAAUAAAAUAAAAAAAAGUGGAUUUGCAAAUAAAUCCCAUUGUAAUGAUCUCCAAAAGACUAUGGACCUUUAAUUAAAGAGGGCCAACAAUUGUCGUUUUUAUUGAGUGCCUCUUGCAGCACUCACGUUGUUGUGUUCAGGUGGACUUGUGUUAUGUCAAACGGUUAUUUAUUAAAUAUACAUAGCUUUUCUUUUUAUUUCUUUUUUUUAAUUUAUUUUAUUUUUAUUUUUUUUAGUAACAGCCUGUGCGUGGGGCCGCGUGGAGCUGCAGGCAUGCACCGUGCAUGGGGAUUUUACAUGACUGCAGGUGCCCACACACACACACACUCUUACACACACACACGCUUGCACACAUACACACACACACACACACACUAUACAGUGAUCUUUCAGUCUAUAGGUCUAAACUCUGUUUUAGGGUGUUUUUGUGUAGAUAAAAAAACAAAAAAACAUUGUGUGACAUGUUUUAACUUAUUGUAUGUGCUAUAUUACUUGACACAUUUCUUAAAUGUUUGAUCUUACAUCGAAAAUGCAUUGACAGGUUUGUAUACCAAAUGAAAA